AUGGAACCAUUGAAGGAGCUAAAAGUGGAAAGGGACGAACCUACUCGGGGAAGGGGAAAAGUGCUGAAAUGGUUCGCUUCUAUGCAAUGCAAGAAGUCGAAAUUACUAUUCCUCUUAUUAGUUUCGUAUCAGAAAAUAGCACGAAGUAUUAUACCUGAUCUGAUCUUUUUCAUAUUUGCUCGUCGGGAAAUUUUUCAAUCAUUAAGGCUAUUCGAGAGUUUGGCACAGAGCGAAGUUUUCUUGAAUAUUGCUGUGAAUCGAUCGUCCGCCCCAUCCUCUUCUGGCCAUAAUAUUGGGCAAGCAAGACAAGAGGAGCUCUGCUCCACUAUCUCUUCCCUUAUUACUAUUAUUGCUGUCGUAUUAUAUCAUACGUGCUGGAAAUUGUCAUCGGAAGUGAAGAAGGAUGACGGUAGUCUCGGUGGUACCGAGUAUCACUUUCUAAGACAUCCUUACUUCUUUAGACUCUUAAAAUUCUCCACUCCUAAACUUCUGGAAGAGAAUUCCAAACAGUACUGCUGCCUCGGGCCAUUAUUUGGUAGACUUUGCUGCAGGUCGAAUCUUUGUCACAGCGAAGAAUUCACUGUCGCAUUGUUGCAUGUAAUCCGGUUUUUUUUGACUUUCUGCGUCAUAGGUGCAGUGAAAGCCAAGCGACAGGCUAUUUCGGAGGAGGAUCCAAAUUCCCGCUUCCAAUGUCAGGGGUCAUUGAGUGAUUACGCAGCUUGUCAAUGUCGCGAGCAGGAGAGCGAAUUAUCUUGCAUAAAUGCUCAAUUUGUUGAUGCCGAUAUUUUUCUCCAUGUAAAUAAUCUUUACAGGCAUCUUCGGAAAGUGACAUUUCAUGGUAAUAACUUUCAAGAUCUACCCGACAGUCCACUAUUUGGACAAAAUGAACAUGAAAAUCUCGAGGUGCUCAACAUCUCAGCAAAUUACAUUGUGAAUUUGCAUUCGAAUGCACUGAGAGGGAUGCCCAAUUUAUUGGUGCUCGAUUUGAGUAAUAAUGAAAUAGUAUUGAAAGAAGAAGAUAUCACUUUUCUCUCACAUACUCCCAAAUUGAAGCAAUUGUAUUUGAGGCGAGCAUUCACACUGCUUGUCAACCGUACCGUGCAAUUUUCGCUAAUGAUGCGAAUGUUCAGGACAGUGAAUUUACAGCAGCUAAAUUAUAUUGAUCUGAGCUACAACUAUUUCACCAAACUACCCUAUGAUUUACCCUGUCCAUUUCCUUCCUUGAGGUAUCUUGAUUUGCGCCAGAAUUUUCUUCAAACGAUCAAUCUUAAUACAACAUGCUUAUCCAAAAUUGAGACUAUUGAUCUGAGCAGGAAUCAUAUCCGUCAACUGGAUGAAACAUUCCGACAAGGAAUCGGCAAGCAUGUACAGCCAAAUUCAUUGUUAUUAAGAAAUUCAUUUCAUUGUAACUGUGAAAGUAUUGCUUACAUCAAAUGGAUCCGAAGCACGGAUAAAAUUCGUGACAAGCAGCAACUUUCAUGUCAUCGAGCCAGUCCAUCCGACUAUGCUGGAGUUGAGUUAGUCAAUGUACCGUUGGAAAAGCUAGAUUGUACCGUAUCUCUUGUCCUUACACCAAAUACUGGUAACACACACUUUUCGGUAACAUUUCCUUUUUACAGUGUUCUUCUGGUGGAAAGUUUGGACUACGAAGAAUGUGUUAUGAUGUCUUCAAGUGAGCAAUGA